GCCAGCGGAGCCUUUCAGCGGGCGAGCGCUUUUCCUCGCCGUUACGUGGUCGGCGAGCGCUUUUCCUCUCCCGGAGAGCGGCGAGCGCUUGUCCUCUCCCGAGACCCGUCCCGACCUUUCUCCCGGGGUCUCCCGUCCUCCCGCGGCCGUCCGACUCGCGUCCCCGCCAGUGCGCGCCAUGUUCCUGACGGCCCUCCUCCUCCGCAACCGCAUCCCGGGCCGGCAGUGGAUCGGGAAGCACCGGCGGCCUCGCUUCGUCACCCUCCGCAUGAAGCAGAACGUGAUGCGGCGCCUGGAGACGGAGGCCGAGAACCACUACUGGCUGGGCAGGCCGUACCUGAGCGCCGAGCAGGAGCACGGCCACGCGGCGGCCCGCAGAGCCGCGGCCUUCGAGGCCAUCAAGGCGGCCCACAUGGCCAAGUUCCCCCCGCACAGGCUCGUCCGGGACCAGCUCGACCACCUCAACGUCUCCAAGAAGUGGAGCUAGCCCGGUGCUGCGGCACACCCGGGAGCGCGAGGCGUCGCCGAGCCGGACUGACCGUGUGGCGGUGCUGUGGGCUUCUGCCCCCGUGAGAAGGGCCGGGGCAGCCCAGGUCGCGGGUCGUUGUAGAGAAGCGCUUUGGGUGGAAGCGGCAAUAAAGCUCUG